UCCCAUUGCCGAACGUUCCGGAACGAAGGGAGAGCAAAAACUAAACCCAUCGUCCUUCUCUCCCCCAAUUUUUUUUCCGAUCUGGUUCAACGGUUUCAGUGUGGGUGGAAAGAGAUUCUUCGUCCUCCUCCGUGUGAACAAUCGUGUAGGUGCGUUGAGAUUUCGAUCGUUCUUCCUCCCCUAUUUCUUCUCUGUUUGUGCGUUGCUGUGAGUGCUGCUGCUGGUUCUCUCCUCCAUCGUAUUUCUUGCUCCAAGUGUGUCGGUCUCUCUUCCCCUUCUUUCUCCGUAUUCAUUGAUCUGCACUUUCGUCUUCCUCUUCCUUUUAGACGUUGCUGAUUGAGGGUGUUGGAAAGAUGUGAAACUUGAUAGGAGUUGAAAGAACACAAUCUUUAGAUUUGGGAAACCGACAAGCAUGGAUCUCUAGGUGGUGAAGCUUCAAACAAACUGAGAGACUCAAGGAGGUUUCAUAAAUUUAUUCAGUACCGACUUUGAGAACCAUCACCUCGGUUUGCAGACUUGCUUCUACCUUUCUGAUACUUCACAAUGAUAUACGCAACCAUAAUCAUCUUCCUUGCCCUUGGUCUAGUUUUCCUAUAUUGUCUUCUUGGAGGACCGUCUUAUUACUUAAGCGAUCUAUAUACUGAUUCAUGUGGACUUGUAUUCAAUGAUUCUACAGAUACAUUCUAUAGCAACAGCCUCUGCAACGAUCCGACUUACGAGCUAGUCUGUGAGAACAACAAAAGUGUGUUGUAUUUAAACUAUGGGAGGCACUUAGUGCAGACCAUUCAUGCCAUUAACUCCACCACCCUCCAAUCCAUCACCGGUGAAGUUGACGACGACAACUGCUAUGCAAUCACUCGUCAUUCUCUCACAUAUGACAAAUCCAGCCACGUUUUCCCAACCAAGAAAAGACAGAUACACCACAAAGGUUACCAUUAUCAUAUGGGAGAAUUAGUGUUUCUCAGCUGCGAAAACCCAGAUCUCUCUCAUCUGUAUACUGAUAUUGUGGCGCCUUGUACAAGUGAAGAGCCAAAAACGCAUUAUUCUUAUGUGCUGUCAGGGUAUGGUCAAAACAGAAUAUCUGAUGUGGAAGAGUCGUGCAAGAUAGAUUUUACGGUGAAGGUGAUGCCUUGGGGACCGAUGACAUGCAAUGAGAAUUGUUCAUAUCCACAAGUUCAGAGCCAAGAGGUUAAAGGGAUUGAGAUCAAAUGGCGACCAAAUCGUUGUGGAGAGUUCGAAGGAAGGAAAUCCAAGUACUGUCGGUUUGACAAAGCAAAAAAAUGGUUCUUUGUCGUUUUUAUGAUUUAGAUCCUCUUCCUCAAGUGCUUGAAAGUAAUCACGAUCACGAUUUGACUAGUGGCGCUGUUUAUACAGUGGUUUUGUGGUCUGUGGCUAAAUUUGUACUGGGUGCCCCCUGUGCUUUUAUAUUCUUGAUUUGUCGAUGGAGAAGAAGGCAUCAAUCUUAUGACGACAAUGUUGAGGACUUCCUCCAAAAUAAUAGUAACCUGAUGCCCAUCAAAUACUCUUACUCAGAGAUCAAGAGAAUGACCAACGGCUUCAAACACAAGUUAGGUGAAGGAGGCUAUGGUUAUGUCUAUAAAGGUAAGCUUCGAAGCAAUCGCGAUGUAGCUGUCAAGUUACUGGGAAAGUCCAAAGCCAGUGAUGCACAAGAUUUCAUCAGCGAAGUUGCCACUAUAGGUAGGAUUCAUCAUGUCAAUGUGGUGCAGCUGAUUGGAUUCUGUGCUGAAAGAAAUAAGCGAGCUCUUGUUUAUGAGUUUAUGUCUAAUGGGUCUCUUGACAAUUACAUAUUCUCGGAGAAACAAGGGAACGUGUCCAUCAUCUUUGAGAAAAUAUUUAAUAUUUCUCUCGGGAUUGCUCGAGGAAUUGACUAUUUACAUCAAGGAUGUGACAUGCAAAUUCUACACUUUGAUAUCAAACCUCACAAUAUCCUUCUUGAUGAGAACUUUAAUCCAAAAGUUUCAGAUUUUGGAUUGGCAAAAUUGUAUCCAUUAGAUAAUAGUAUUAUAUCUCUAACAAAUGCAAGGGGAACAUUGGAUACAUGGCGCCUGAAUUUUUUGUACAAGAACAUUGGAGGAAUAUCACCCAAAGCUGAUGUUUAUAGUUUUGGGAUGUUGCUGAUGGAAAUGGCAGGGAGAAGAAAGAACAUGAAUGUCAUUGAACAUUCUUGGCAAACAUAUUUUGCCAAAUGGGUCUAUGACCAGUUUGAGGAAUCAAUAGAUGAGGGUAAUUCCAGUAAUGAGGAAAGGAAAAUUGCAAAGAAGAUGAUUACUGUAGCUUCACAUUGCAUACAGAUGUACCCUAGUGAUCGACCCUCAAUGAAGAAAGUGAUAGACAUGCUUGUAGGAGAAACUGAACUCCAAGAAGCUCUACCACCCUAAAUUUUUGUAAUUUUUGUAACUUGAUUGGCAAGAAGGGUUAUGAAAGAGGAUACAAUUCUCAUGACAAUUUGAGUUUAGAAAGAGUUAUUAUUUGCAAUAAACAUGUAAAACUGCUAUAAUUGUUUGCAUGUUCAAUGUUUUCUUGGCA